CACAAAUUUAAACAUCGAUAAAUUAGGUUAAGUUUGAGAUCUGAAUUUCAGCAUUAUUUGGAUUAAUUUUAUAGAAUUUGCCUAAUUUCGAUAAACUGCAGCUAUAAACAUGUCGGGAACAUCGCAAAAACAUCGAAAUUUUGUGGCAGAGCCCAUGGGAGAUAAGCCCGUAACAGAUUUAGCUGGCGUAGGCGAUGUUUUAGGAGGAAGAUUGAAAGAUGCGGGAUUCGAUAAAGCUUAUGUAGUAUUGGGACAGUUCCUUGUCUUGAAGAAGAAUAAAGAAUUAUUUCAGGAAUGGAUGAAGGAUGUUUGUUCCGCUUCUUUAAAGCAGUCCUCAGAUUGUUGGCAAUGUCUCAAUGACUGGUGUGAAGAAUUCUUGUAAAUAAUUGUGUUCUACCUAUAUGUAUAUUUUAAAUACAUUGUAAACUAAAUAUUGAAAUCUAAUUAGAAUUUUAUAUUUAAACUGCUAACUGCAUUUGUUUCGCGUACUUCUUAUGACAAUAAAUUACUAUUUUCAUUCA